AUGAUGUAUAUCCAUCAAGAUGAAUGGAACGGGCAGCAUCCCUUUGACCAGGCGGGGCCGGGCCAUGCACCGCGCAGCCAUAUCCCGGAGUUUCUCAACCUCGCGACACCUAUCGCGCUUAGCGAUAUUCUCUCUGAGCUGUACCUUUCCUCAGCGGAUUUCCACGCUCUCUCGAUGACCCGGAGUGGCACGGUAGUGUUCGCCGAUGGGCCAGACUACACGUGGUAUGUGAUCGAAGAGCCGGAGCUUGCCACAGGGCGAAUGACGAUAGCCGAGUUUGGCUCUGACGGCAGUGUCCGCGAUUCGAUUGUUCGUCGAGCCUGGAAUAUGGGUCAGGUAAUGGCCUUUGGUCAGAGUUUGGGCCGGCGUGUCGCGGAUUUGGAAGAGUCGUGUAUUGGGGGCCCGCCGCAGUAUAACGAGCCAUUGAACAUGGACCGUCCUAUUAUUGAGCUCUUGGAGGCAACGAGAAUGGACAGCAAGUUUCUCUAUGAGGGAUUCGGUUAUAUGGACCUGUGGGUGCGCCUUAUUGAGCAGAAUGCACCUGGGUAUCUGGACCUUGAGGCUCAGGGGCGGGAGGUGGAAUUUAAGCUUGACAAUCUGCGUAAUGUUGGCAUUGAUACUCUCUAA